CAAGAAGAUAAUUGUGAUCAUGAAAUUAACGAUGAUGAAAUUAAUGAGAAAACAGAAGGAUCCGCAUCUAGUGACCUGCACUCAGUCAAUGAUAUAGCCGAUAUGCUUAAGCAAGCAACCCUAAUGAAAAAUGCCAGUAGUAAUUAUGAAGAAGACAUUGAUUUAAUCAAUGACGAGUCACCAGAAUGGUCAGAAUGCGAUGAUUGUUUUGGAUCUAAAAAGGAAUACUGUGAAUUUUGUGGUUGCUCUGUAUGCAAACGGAAAGAUGAUCCAGGCUGCAUCCUGUUAUGCGAUGGUUGUGAAAAAGGCUUUCAUACCAGAUGUUUAAAUCCUCAGCUCGAUAGUAUACCUGCUGGAGAAUGGUAUUGUGAUGAGUGUAAUAUAAAUUCAGAUUACGUUGACAAUCAAAUU